AUGGAAAAACGUCUUGACGAUCUUCAACAACGUUUACAAACUUCUAUAACUAAUCUAUGGUGUAAAACUCUUUCAUAUGAAAUAAAUCGUCUAUCAUCAUGUCUAACAAAUAAAUUACCUAUUUAUCGAACACAAUUAACACGUGAACAAUUAUUAAAUUCAAUAAAACUUAUUCAAGAAUUAAAUCUAGUUUCAAUAAAUAAUGAUUUAUAUUCUCGUGCAUUAACAAAUUAUCUUUUACUUCUAUCAAUUCAUACACAUAAAUUAGUUUGUGAAAUAUUUCUUGAUCAUAUUAAUAAUUUAAAAGAACAUCUUCAAUAUUGGAAACAUGAUGAACCAAUUCAAAUAGGUUUAUUUGAUCAAAUAAAAACAACAUUUUGGUAUGAUCAAAAUCGAGAUGAUAUACGUUCAAUAGAAAAAGUUAAAUUUUUAAAUAAACAAGAACAUUAUUUAUCUAAUAUUAUUGGUCGUUUAGCUUAUACAAUAACUAAUUUAGAACAACAAGAAAAAAUUAAUCUUGAUUUAAUUAUGAAUUCUACUAAUGAACUAUAUAAAAUAUUAUUUGAUAAUACAACAGUUAAUUAUAAUUCUCAUAGUGAUUUAUCGGAUGUUAUAGAAGUAUAUUUUCAAAUGUUAAAUGCAUUUGAAGAAUUUAAAUUACGGUUUAUUGAUACAGUUCAUUUAUAUUAUAGGCCAACACAUAUUAAACGUUAUCUUCCAUAUUAUGUAUGUUUUACUGCGAUAGGAUUUUAUACCUUAUAUAAAGUUUAUACGAAUAAAGAACAAAUUAUAAAUUAUGCUUAUUCAUCAUAUGAUUCAUUGAAAUUUUUUAUUGAUGAACAUUUAAUAAUACCAUUAAAAACAAUUUAUACAUCAACAUUUGAAUCACGUUCAUCACAAGCUGCAUUUGAAAAUUCACAAAUAAAUUAUACAAAUUCAAAAAAAAUUCUUGAGGAAAUGUUAGAAGAAUAUGGACGUCAACAUGCCGGUACAUUAGCACAAAUUAAUAAUACUAGUAUAGAAGAAUUUUUGUCAACAUUAAAUGAACGUGCAAGAAAUGAAGAUAUGAAUGUUGUAAUGAAGAAUUAUCAACAAGAACUUAAUCGACCUAUAAUAUCAGCUCUUCUUGGAGAUUUAAUUAAAGGUAUCUUUUUAAUGUUAGAUCAAUGGCAAUUACUUUAA